AUGCUUACUGAAUAUAGUGCGCAUGAUAAUCCUUGGUUAAGUAGUAUAUUCCGAUUAAAGGAAAAAUGGGCAAAACCGUAUGUCAAGUGGGCAUGGACUGCUGGAAUGCAUAGCACCCAAUUAAGUGAGAGUUUCAAUGCUAGCCUAAAACCAUAUGUUAAGACAGAUUAUGAUGUGGUUCAAUUUUUCAAGCACUUUGACAGAUUGCUCAAUGAUAAGCGGUAUAAAGAGUUAGAGGCAGAGUAUGCUUUGUGCUACAAGUUACCUGCUAUUGGGAUAUUUUCUUCAAUGGUGAUCAAGGCUGGAAAUAUUUACACUAAAGCAGUAUUUGAAGAAUUUCAAAUUCAGUAUGAGAAGGCUCUUGACUACAACUUAGUCGGAUGUAUUCAACAUGGUGGUGACAUUGUGUAUAAAGUUGCCUUUAAUGGUCAUCUAAAGGAGAGAUGUGUUAGGGUGAAGAAAGACCAUUCAGUAUCUUGUAGUUGCAGGUUGUUUGAGAUUGAAGGUAUUGUGUGCUGCCAUGCAAUAAAAAUCCUUACUAAUUACAUGAAUGUCAAAGAAAUUCCUGAUCAAUAUAUUUUAAAAAUGUGGACAAGAAAAGCAAGAUCUGAAAGAGUGAAAGACAUGUAUGGCCAAGACAUCCAAGUAGAUACCAACCUACAACAAACAUCUUGGUACAAGUCUCUAAGUUCCAUAUCCACCAAGAUUUCAUCUCGGGCCGCUGAGAGAUAA